UUGCGCCCUCUUCAGCAGGUGAAGAGCUGAGUGGAGCGGAGAGGAGGAGAGAACAGAGGAGAGCAGAAGAGAAGAGAGCAGGAGAGAGAACAGGUGAUAAGUGGAGAAGAGAGAAGAGAAGAGCGCAGGAGAGAGAACAGGCGAGAAGUGGGAAAAAGACAAGAGGAUGCCACUGUGACUGGUGUGACACUGAACCAAAGAGACACAGCACACGCCAACAGGGAGGAUGCGAGACCGCCUGAGCCACCUGCAGGCUCUCAGUGAAUGGGAGGAGCAUCUUCAGCAGCAGGGGCAGGAAGGGGUUAAUGUGGGCUACGAUGGGCAGGAAGGGGUUAAUGCGGAGGCGGUGGUGUGGGACAAUGCCGAGGACGUGGAGGAGGUCCUGCAGGAAGCUCAGGAAAUCCGCAGGGAGAUCCAACUGCUAAAACUCGAUGUCAAGCGUCUCCGUGAGCAGAACGGACGCCUCCUGAGCGAGCCGACUCGCACCACGGCCGUCAAACACGACGCCAACGCCAUCGGACAGGACAUCAAGAGACGCGGGGAGGAGGUGCUGGGUCGUCUUCGGCGUAUGGAUGAGCACACUCGGGAACGAGAGGCUGAGCUCGGUGUGAACACAGCGGUGGCGCGAAUCGGUCGAACACAGUACGCCUGCCUCAGCAAUGCCUUCCGCGACGCCAUGAGCGAAUACCAGCAGGUGGAGAUGAGUCAUCGCCAGGCGUGCUCCAAUCAGAUCCGCCGGCAGAUGGAGAUCGUAGGCCGCGACAUGACGUCAGAGCAGCUGGAUGAUGUGAUGGAGAAUGGACAGUGGAACGUCUUCGCUGAUAACCUGCUCGCUGAGGGCAAGACAGCGCGCACCGCACUUAAUCAGAUCGAGCGACGGCACCAGGAGCUGCUGGACCUGGAACGGCGUAUCAGGAGCGUCCACGAGGUCUUCCUGGACGUCGCCAUGCUGGUGGAGGAGCAGGGACCCAUGAUGGAUUCCAUCCUGACGCACGUGCAGAAGGCCGACGCCCACUUGGAGGAAGCGCUCGUCCGAUUGACCAAAGCCAAGAAGCACGACAAGGCCAACCCCUUCAAGAGGAUGUUCUGUGGAUGCUUCCCCUGUUAUAAAUAACACCAUCACACACAUUAUUACAAACAAUACACAUUACCCAAUACACUUUACACAUUACACAUUUCACACAAUACACAUUACAUGCUACAAAUCACAUUACUCGACCAUAGACAAGGCAACACACAUUAUCUAUAGACAAGGCCAACCCCUUCAAGAGGAUGUUCUACAGCUGCUUCCCCUGCUACAAAAAACACAUUGCACACAUUACACAUCACACAUUACACACACAUUACGCAAUACAUUACCAACCCAUAGACAAGGCAGCACACAUUACUGACCCAUAACCCACAACAGCCUUUUCUGCGAGAUAUUCUUUAGCUGCUUCCUACAUAUGACUCCCCCAAACUGAGACCUGUACUCACUGAUGUCUACAGGACGUGUGUGCUAGCGCCAUCUAUAGGGCUGGGGUGUAAUCUGCAACUUGUCACAAUACGACAGAACCUCAUUACUUCCUGAUGGCCAAUAUCUGCUCCAGUCAGUAAGCCAUCUCACUCUCAAGGCUCUUUGCUCCAUAACCCCUGGUGCACUAAUCUUAGAGUUGUAGAGUUGCUUUAUUGAUCUCGAAGGAAAUGAAGGUGUAUAGUUGCUCACACAUUAGGCCUUAUAAAAGAUACACGUACUGUAAUAUACAUUGCCAGACAGAUCAAUUGGGCACAACUGUUAACAUGCGGUGCAGACAGUAAACCGGUCAAACAUAUUGCAUAAAGCUUACAGAAAUAAAUAGAUGUUGUGAUAUAAAUAUAAAUUGUAUGUGUUGUGUAAUAUACUGUAAUUAUUUUAUGGUACCAUGUGUGCUUUGUAAUCUCUCUAUUUCAUUCAUAAUAUGUUAUGGAGGGCCUUCCUUGUGUUCUGCAUUCUUGUGCAUGUAUUAUUCUGUUUGUUUGUGUGUUUUUUUGUUUUGUUUAUCGCGGUGAUGUGAAUGCAUUGCUGUUUUUGUAUUUAUUGUAAUAUAUUUGAUCUGAUAGCAUAAAUGCUUAAUUAAAUUCUUUGUUCAUUAGA